CACGGAACCAGACAUGUCCUUGCCACGGGGCAUGAGAUCACAGGACAUACCGAUCCUAAUUCACGCAGAUUGACCCUGCAGAAAUGAUGACCUCUCUCCUCUUGUGCGUACCCUCGGCAGCUUGGCUGGACACGUCUGGUUUACUGCACGGUACGGAUCGUCAAUGCCCCUCGAGUGGGGAUGCAAGCUCCCAAGCUCAUGAGCUUCAGACCUCCGGGUAAAGAGUACAUAAAGAUCAAGACCUCAGCCAUACAAACCUUCACCCGUUCUUCACAUUCCCUACAUCCAAAAUGCAUCUCCCCAAGAUCGCAUUCCUCGCCGCAGCGGCCACCCUCGCCAGCGCGCAAAACUCCACGGGAGGCGGCAGCACCCCCCUCCGCACCUCGGAAUGGGACGCAGCCUACGCCAAAGCCGAAGCCGCCAUCGCCAAGCUCUCCCUCGACGAGAAAAUCGGCAUCGUCUCGGGUGUCGGCUGGGGUAAAGGCCUCUGCGUCGGCAACACCUCGCCCGCGUCCUCGAUCAACUACCCCUCUCUCUGUCUCCAGGAUGGGCCCCUCGGCGUCCGCUACGCGAGCAGCGUGACGGCGUUCGUUCCCGGUAUCCAGGCGGCUGCGACGUGGGACGUCGAGUUGAUUCGGCAGAGGGGCGCGUUCAAGGCUGCUGAGGCGAAGGGCGUCGGUGUGCAUGUGAUGCUUGGCCCUGCGUGUGGUGCUUUGGGUAAAACACCAAACGCCGGUAGGAACUGGGAAGGCUUCGGCCCAGACCCGUACCUCAUGGGCAUCGCAACAAAGGAGACGAUCGAGGGCAUGCAGUCCGCAGGCGUCCAAGCCACAGCAAAGCACUACAUUGUCAACGAACAGGAACUCAACCGCGAGACGAUCAGCAGCAACGUCGGUGACAGGGAAAUGCACGAGCUCUACCUCUGGCCCUUUGCCGAGGCCGUCCACGCCAACGUCGCGUCGGUAAUGUGCUCCUACAACAAGAUCAACGGCACCUGGGCCUGCGAAAACGACGCCGUCAUGACCAAGCUCCUGAAAGAAGAGCUCGGUUUCCCCGGGUACGUCAUGACGGAUUGGUUCGCCACCACGGGCACCGUCAGCGGCGCCGAGGCCGGGCUGGACAUGAUGAUGCCCAACGCCAACUACAACAACGAUCCCGGGUCCGUGUGGUGGGGCCCGCAGCUCAAGACGGUCGUGGAGAACGGCACCGUCUCGGUGACGACGAUUGAGGACAAAGUCCGCAGGAUCCUCGCGGCGUGGUACUUACUCGGCCAGGACCAGGGCGAGUACCCGCCCGUCAACCUCGCGGCCAACGUCCAGGGCACGCACAAGGACAACGUGCGUGCUACGGCGCGGGACGGCAUCGUGCUGCUCAAGAACGAGGGUGCCAUACUCCCGCUCAAGGCGCCCAAGAGGAUUGCCGUCAUCGGGUCGUCGACUGUGAAUAACCCGGCCGGUAUCAAUGCCUGCUACGAUCGUAGCUGCAAUAACGGCACCCUCGGUAUGGGAUGGGGUUCCGGAACGGUAGACUACCCUUACCUCGUGGCACCGCUCGACGCGAUCCGCGAGCGAGCGCAGCAGGAUGGCACAGAGGUGUCUGCCAGCAGCACCGACGACGCGCAGCAGGGCGCCACGGCGGCAGCCGGUGCCGACGCGGCGUUUGUCUUCGUCACGUCGGACUCGGGCGAGGGAUACAUCACCGUCGACGGCAACAUUGGCGACCGCAACACGCUGGACCCGUGGCACAACGGCAACGAGCUCGUCAAGGCUGCGGCGGCGGUUAAUGAUAAUGUCGUGGUCGUGGUGCACAGCGUCGGACCCAUCAUUCUCGAGACGAUCCUCGCGCAGCCUGGCGUCAAGGCUGUCGUGUGGGCUGGGCUUGGGUCGCAGGAGACUGGAAAUGCGCUGGUUGAUAUCCUCUGGGGCGCGACGAGUCCCAACGGAAAGCUGCCGUAUACGAUUGGCAAGAGUGUUGCCGACUACGGCAGUGCGGUUUCGAAGACCCUUGAGGACAACUUUGCGGAGGGUAUCUUUAUCGACUACCGCCACUUUGACCGGGCUGGCAUCGAGCCGCGGUAUGAGUUUGGUUUUGGCUUGUCGUACACAAACUUUACCUACUCCGACAUCAGCGUCAGCGUCACCUCCGCAGCUACAUCCGGUCCGGCCAUCGGCCAAGUAGUUCCCGGCGGCCGCGCAGAUCUCUUCGAGGUCGUCGCUACCGUGACGGCAACCAUCAAGAACACGGGAUCCAUCGCCGGCGCCGAGAUUGCGCAGCUGUACCUUACCCUCCCUGCUGGCGCGCCCCUUUCUCCACCAAAGCAGCUUCGCGGAUUCGAGAAGUUGAGACUUGGCGAGGGAGAGUCAGCAGUAGCGACGUUUAAUCUCAGGAGGAAGGACCUGAGUUAUUGGGAUGUCGCAAGCCAGAACUGGAUUGUGCCGGCGGGUACGUUCACCGUCAAGGUCGGCGCGUCGAGCAGAAACCUGGCGUUGGAGGGAGAUUUGGUUGUAUCCUAGGAUCUGUGUAUGCCGCCUGUAGCACAUCGAAUGAUGCAAUGAGAUGACAUGUUGCAAAAAAGACACACUAUCUUGAAAUGAGGGCCCGGCCGGCGGGA